UCGGGAGAGUGGCGCACGGCCCGACCAACGCGACGGCGUCCGACCGAGCCCGGGAGGGCGGCGUCAGAUGGAGGCAGAGCUCUCCAGCCGCCGUCGCUCGAUACACUCCCGUCCAGCCCUGGGGCUGACGUCACGUGAGCCGGACCGCCAGCCGACUACAGCGGCACCGCACUGGCUGGCUGGCGUGCCGGCGCAGCAAGCCAUGCCGGCGGCAGGGGAUCAACCCCAGAUCACGUACGUGCGACUGCAGCAAGACCGGCUUGAGGAGGUCGUCGACUUCAUGGUCGACCAUUUCUUCACCCGAGAGCCGACGUUCUCGGUGCUGGCCGGACUGGCCGGCGGUGCUCCGGGUGGUCACCGCGGCUGGCUUCGAGCCUCCAUACCCGAGUGGAACUGGGACGCCAGCUGGGUGGCGCUGGACGCCGCCAGGGGCGCCACUGUCGGCGCCAGUCUCAGCGCCAUCUACGGCCCCGGCGAGCCGGACCCGUACAGCCGGCUGUGGGGCGGCGGCACGGCGGCCGGUACCGCCUACCAGCGCUUCUUGAUGCAGGUGGACGGCAGUUUCAACGUGUUCAGGGACUUGGGCGCGUCAGCCGUGUCGGAGAACCUGAUGCUGGCUGUCGAUCCCAGAUACUGCGGCCUGGGCGUGGGGUCGGAGCUGUGUCGCCGCACGUCGCUGGAGGGCGCCGUGCGCUCCGGCGCGCCCGUCUCGCUCUGCUUCUGCACGUCCAGCACCACACAGCACAUCUACGAGCGUCUCGGAUUUGAGAUUGAAGUACACUCCCAUCGACAACUGAAGAAUGAGGAUCACCAGCAUAACCAGGAUUAUCUGUCUUACUCUGGUGAUCCUGGAGUUGACCGCGUCGUCACCUCUCCCCCAGAGCGGGGGCUUAAAGACACCAAAUGACCUGCUGACCUGGAAUAAUCGGCCCAACCUGGCUACGCUGGCCCUGGGGAACUUGGCCGUCCAGCAAUUAGGCCUAAUGCAGAACAACCCGUCGAGAUUCUCGGGCUUACAGGCGAGAUUCUCGCAGAGCUCAGACACGAACUCAUCGCAGAGCAACUCGCCAAACAACCGACCAAGGUCCCAGGAGAUCACCCGGCCGAGCUCCCAGCAGAGUUUCCAGCCGAGCUCCCAGCAGAGUUUGUACAACUCUGCACGGAGCCAGCCGUUCCCCCGCCGGCCGUUCUCCGGAUACACUCUGCGUUGGUUCGGCUAGUCCUCCAGGACUGCUACCGAACUGUGGACAGAGUCGCCGAUCCAAACACUGCGCAGCCAGACGGACCGGCCGGGACAACUUACAAAAGGCGUGCAACUGCAGGUACGCGCAAAUGCAGCUGUGGUUACGAGAGGAACUACAGUGGGAGAAAGCCGAGUCAAAAUACGAGCCAGGUACUCGUGCAUGCAGCAGAUGCACUAGCAGAACUGGAUGUUGAAAGCAUAUGCGAAACAAAUAAAUCCUGCUUGCGAUGCGAAUAAACAAA